AUGGCCGAACUUGCUGCACUGGGCGUCGCAGCCAGUGUACUUCAGGUUGUCGAUUACGGCACCCGCUUCCUCACCACGCUAUGGCAAGUCAGACAAUCGAAGCAUGACUUUCUCAAUAAUCUUCAGAAUCUACACAGCUCAUCAAACAAUCUUCGGGAUGCCCAGUAUGAGCUUCAGACCAUUUCACUUUCCGGGACCAGUACAGAUGCAGCGAUAUCCUCACUCGCCAAGAAGAGUGAAGCGAUUGCGAAAGAAAUGCUUGACUCAUUGAAGCGCAUCGAAGAAAAUGACCAUGGACGAAAGCGCGACGCGGUGAGAAAAGCCUGGCUGAUACUCUGGAAGGAGGAAAAAUUGAAGAGCCUUGAGAGCAGAUUGACUGAGGUCAAGACCGACCUGACGUUCUACCUGUCCGUCAACUUGAGGGCUACUGCAAGAGAGACUUUGGAGAAUCAGAUGCAGAUGCUGCUGGAGAUGCGCGACAUGCGAGCUGACAUUAAAUCGAUGGGACACGCUUCGAAUGCCAAUGAAGUUCAAGCAGGCUUCGGUUCUUUAGCAAUGGAGUAUCUCACUGGCGGCCUACAUGAACGUCAGAAGCUCAAGUCUGAGUUCAUAGAUGCCUUGAUCGCUCGUAUCCAUAAUUCUGAGGCCAGGGCACCAGCGGAUUCAUCAAGCAUCCAGCUAUCACCACAGAGAAGACAACAUUUGGAACAAAUCUUCAUCUCAAGGAUCCGAUACGACACCAUACAAGAGAGGGAACUCACGAUAAAGGAAGCUCACAAGGGAACUUUUCGCUGGAUCUUCAAGGACAAUGGCACUGCGACUUCGCCCAUUGGGUUCAAGGAAUGGCUUGUAUCUGACGAUAGCCUCUAUUGGAUCACCGGAAAGCCAGGUUCAGGAAAGUCUACACUGAUGAAGUAUCUCCUCCAGCCUGUUGACCAAUCCACCGAUGAGAACAGAUGCAAUGAAUACUUACAGCAAUGGGCUGGAGACCAGAGGCUUACGAUUGCCUCAUUUCAUUUCUGGGCUAUUGGAUCAGACAUACAGGCAAGCAAAGAGGGACUACUUCGAACUCUGCUUGUUCAGCUUUUUCGCGCGCAUCCAGAUGUCAUUCCACUUGUUGCUUCGUCGCGUUGGGAGUCUUUGUGUCUUUUUAAUGAGGACCCCAGGCGCUUGAGCCAAGAUGAAUUGGAGGACAUGUUUCGCCAAGCAGUCAAACACAUCAGCACCCGAGCCAAGCUUGCACUGUUUAUCGAUGGCUUGGAUGAGUUUGACGGUGAUUGUGAUGCUCUUAUUUCCCUGGUACAGGAGUGCAUCGCAUCUCCAAUCAAAGUUUGCGUCUCGAGUCGCCCUUGGACAGAGUUUGAGAAUGCUUUCGGAGAUUAUCCCAGGCUAAAGAUGGAAGACCUCACAUACGACGACAUCACGAAAUACGUCGUUUCCAAAUUCGAGGCAAAUUCUCAAUUCGCAAGGUUUCAGAAACUACAUCCUCAAUUUGCUGGUGCUUUGAGCCACUCGAUCGCCGACAAAGCGAGUGGUGUUUUUUUAUGGGUCACCAUUGUUGUUGCGUCGCUCUUGGCUGGGAUGAUGGCAGGCGACCGCGUUGAAGAUCUCGAGAAUCGGCUCAAUUUGCUUCCAUCAGAAAUGGACGACCUCUAUGAAAGAAUCGUGGACAGUAUUGAUCCUUUAUAUCGCGAACAUGCUGCCCAGCUCUUCAAGCUGGUCAGCGCAUGCAGAGAGCCGCCUUCACUGCGUGUUUUGUGGUAUGCAGAUGAGGUCAAGUUUUUGGACCGGGUCAUUGAUGAAGACCCGAAUGAUGUUCCAUUUGAAGAUAUUAUAGGCCGACUGGAAGACAUGCGCCGUCGUAUUGUAAGUCGGUGCAGAGGUCUACUAGAAGUUCAUGAGGACGCAAAGCCUCUAAUGAUAUACUAUUCCAAUGGCACAAGUGAGCCCAUAGACCCUACGAAGCGUGAUGGCGGCAGCGUGGUAUACUUGCACAGGACAUUUUCCGAGUUUUUACAGAGCCCUGACACCCAAGAAAGGCUCGACAGCUACCUCACCACGCCAUACGAUUCUGGUCUCAGGAUCUCGGCGGCUUUUGCGUCUUUAGCUAAGCUUUGGACGACGUCAAAAGCACAGAACCAAUCUGGCUAUCCUCUCCUCCAGAUCUACAUGACUCAAAGCUUAGGUUAUGCGGGGAAUGUCUUGCCAUCCUCAGGGUUCAGAGACCAGGCGGGUGCAUGGCAGAGCAAAUUACUCGCGAUAGAGAAGAACAAUUACUGCUGCGAUCCUAACCAAGAGUUCAUCUGUUUGGCAACAGUCAUGGGUGUCGGAUAA